CUUCUCAUCACUUCUCUUUCAAUCCUCUCUUAGUUGAUGUCUCUUUUUAAACUUAUGUAUACUCGUUUCCCAGAACUGCAUCCCCGCACCGCUGCUCUCUGCAGCGCAUAGUCUUCAUCCUCUAUUGUCAAACCUCACCACUUCUUCAUCUCAUCCGCCAAAUCCUUCCCAUCCCCCAAACCAUGGCCUACUCGCCAGCCCCGACCUCCCCAGCAGGCCCAGGCUCAGCCAUGGGCAACAACAGUCUCCAAAGUCGCGGACGAUCGACGAGCCCUCCAACAAGCGUCCCCCUCACAAAGCGGGACAAGCGCCGCAGCGCCCUCCAAGAGCGCUUGCACGAUCUGACCGUGUCCUUCAGCCAGAACCGAGACGCCCAGUUCCGCCAGCAGCUCCACGCCCUCCAAUGCGACAUGACCCUCAUCAAUAAUGCCGAUCCCUACCACCCCGGUCCCUUGCCGGAUUCGGCGGACGAGAUCGCGACUUUGAUCGAGAGUACCGUCGGUGGGGGCAAGUUUGCCAAGGAGAUGGCGAGUCUGGCGGGCAUGUGGUACUCGCGCUUUGUGCAGGAGGUUAAUCAGGUUAAGACUGAUACUGAUGCGGAUUUGGCGAUGCUUAUGCACCGUCACAACAAUAAUCUAGAGCGUUUCCAACGAGACUACGCCUUUCGAGCCCAUUUCGCCGAAGAAGAAUAUAAGCAACUCUCCUCCACCCUUCGCGAGCGCCUCGUGCAGACGAUUUCCGGAAAACGGGCCCGUUUGAUGCGCGAGAAGGAGCAGCUGGAUAUCGCCGACACCAACGCCCUCCUCCUUCACCCCAACCAGUUCAGCAUCACCAACCCGGCCAGCCCGGGCGGCAUCCACGGCAACCGGAAGACCCGACACACUCGCCACCGGGUCGAUCUUGACGAGCUGGGUAAUGGCAUCAUGUCGGAAACGUUCAACAAGCGCAAGCGCAAGGCUCCGGAGGAAGACGUCGGCUCGCCGGUCCGGGACGGAGGCCUCGCGAAUCCCGCCGAGCGCGCCAAGGCCCAGAUCGCCCAGCAGCAGCAGGCGCCCUCUUACUCCAUCCAGUCUCUGUUCACGGAGAAAGAGCUCAGCGCGCACGCCAAUCAAGCCCACGUCGCGACGGUCCAUUUCUUCUCCACGUCGAAGCGUGCCGACCAGCCCUCGGGCGCAGCCACCAACGGGAACAACACCGACGAGGAUGGCUCUGGCAUGGGCGAUGGGACGGGGGCGGAGGACAACGGCACUCCAGCCACCGACAUGGCGCGCACCGCCAGCCACAACUACCACGCCACCCGGUCGACGCGGACGCACGGCAACCACGCGCUCAACGCGCUGGCAGAGCUGUCCGAUAAGCCCGCCGUCCGUCCCAGCCUGCCGUACAACAUCCUGGCCAACUACCACGCGCGGUCGAGCAACAGCGGCGCGCCGACGCCUCCAUCGCUGAUGAACGAGGAGGUCGACGACGACUGGGCGCGCAUGGACCGACUGCAAGGGAAGCCCGCCAGCUACGUGGACAAGAGUCUCUGCAAGCUCUUGGUCGAUCCGGUACCGGCCGAGGCCAAUGGUGUGCCGCAGAACCCGCAGCGGUUCAACCUGUUGCACCCUGAUUUCCCGACCGAGAUGGGCAUCCACCUAUUUCCGCUCAAGGAGCCGGAGCGUCACGAGCGUGCCAAGAAGACCCGAACGUAGCAUUAUCUAUCUACCUCUUCUCUCCGGCGUUUUAAGGGGCAUGGAAUGAUGCACUUGGGUAGCGGGCGAUACAAUUAAUACCUUGGCGUUAGUUCCAUAAUUACUUUAUUUUUUUCUCUUUCCAUUUAUCUUUAUUCUUUUUGUUUCAUUGGUGUUUAUGUGCUUGUUUGUCGGGGAUGGGUACGUUGCAGAUGGACUGCAAUGUUGACCAUCGGUGUAUGGCUUUAUUGUUUACAGUGUAUAUGAGCAAUA